GAAGUAAUAUCAUUUCUUUAUGCGAUAGUUUCUCAUGGUACAGCAGAUAUAUCAUGGCAUAGUAUAGGAAUGCAUUCUGGAUUCAUAACUGCAAUGUCAGAAAUGAAUUUUAAUCAAAAUUGGGGCACAGCUCAUUCAGCAGCUGAUACAGGUGGAGAAUUUACUAUUUCACAUAUGGCAAAUUUGGAUUAUUUGGAAGACAAAUGGAAAGUACCAGUAGAUGACUUGAUAGAAAUAUAUAAGCGUACAAAUCAAUCAGUACUAAGAAAACAUAUAGAUUAUUGUGUUAAACAAGCAUUUGCGGCUAUUCAAGCCAAUAAA